UCCCUAACCAUAAAAAUCUUCAGCGUCGGGCGGGCUUUCGUUUUCUUAGCCCUCUCCUUCGUCUUCCAGUUGAGAGACCGAGGGUUUCGUAGGAAGUGGACAGCUGUUGUCCUCCGGCACCGGACGUCUACCGGCAAAUCUCGUCCGGCGAGUCCUCAGAAUGGGUGAGACAGGAAAGCGCACAAACCUACAAAGAGAUGGCGGGUCAGACAGUGACGUUAAGAAUCAGAAACGAAGAUCUGGAAGCAGAGAAACAUUAGCUGAUGGGGAGUUGGUCGUGUAUAGGAUCUUAUGCCCUGACAGUGUCAUUGGAAGUGUAAUUGGUAAGAGUGGUAAAGUUAUAAACUCAAUAAGGCAGGAGAGUAGGGCGAAAAUCAAGGUAGUCGACCCCUUUCCAGGGGCAAACGAGAGGGUUAUUACUAUUUAUUGCUAUGUCAAGGAGAAAAAGGAGAAGCACAUUGAUGAUGAUGAUAUGGAGAUCCUUUGCCACGCUCAAGAUGGUGUUAUGAGGGUGCAUGCUGCGAUAGUUAGUGCAUUGGAAGCGGCUGGGGAUUCUGAUAAGAAGCAGAAAGUAACUGCACAGUUGCUUGUGCCGACCAGCCAAGCUGCAAAUGUGAUCGGCAAGAGUGGGGCCACUAUAAAGAAGCUAAGGAGCAAAUCUGGUGCCAAUAUUAAAAUUACUGCUAAGGAUGUAAACGACAUGACACAUUCUUGUGCAAUGAGUUACGAUAACUUUGUUCAGAUUGCAGGGGACCAAGAGGCAGUGAAGAAGGCUCUGUAUGCAGUAUCAGCUAUCCUGUAUAAGUUCUCACCAAAAGAGGAAAUUUCAUUGGAUACUACAGUACCAGAAAUCACUGAAAUUACUCCAAUUAUUAUCCCAUCUGAUGUGCCUAUCUACACUAGUGGUGGUUUUUUCCCCAGUGCUGACCCUCUUGUGCAUCCACCAAGGUCUCUUGCACCAGCACUUGGCUCUACACCACAUUUACCAGAAUUGCAUGGAUAUGUUGCUGAUGCAGGGAGCCAGUGGCCCCUCUAUUCUUCUUCUGUUCCUGUUGUUUCUGGAUAUGGUGGUGCUGCUCGCUCUGAGGAAUUAGUGGUCCGGGUUCUUUGCCCUUCUGAUAAAAUUGGUCGAGUCAUUGGCAAAGGUGGAAGCUCUAUCAAAAGUGUGAGGCAGGCAACGGGUGCUCGUAUUGAUGUUGAUGACCUUAAAGGCAGUUCUGACGAGUGUGUCAUCACUGUCAAUGCUACAGAGUCUGUCGAUGAUGUCAAAUCUGUUGCUGUUGAAGCUGUCCUGCUGUUGCAGGGCAAGAUCAAUGACAAUUCAGAUGAUGACAGUGUUAUGAUGCGGUUGCUUGUUCCGUCUAAGGUCAUUGGUUGUCUUAUUGGCAAGGGUGGUUACAUUAUAAAUGAAAUGCGCAAGAAAACAAAAGCUGAUAUUCGUAUCUCGAAAGGCGAGAAACCGAAGUGUGCUGCUGCUGAUGAGGAGCUAGUUGAGGUUUCUGGAGAAGUAGGGAAUGUAAGGGAUGCCCUUACCCAGAUUGUUUUGAGGCUGAGAGAUGAUGUGCUCAAAGAUAAAGAUGGUGAUCAUCCAGCUUCUGAACCUCCUCUUUAUCCUGGCAGUGUGCCUACACUUUCCACCUUCCCAGCUGUUCCAUCUGCAGCUCCCUUGAGCUACGACACAAGGAUGGAUACUGGAAAUGGACUGGGUAUGCUAUCAUCUUCUGCUCUUCAUGGAUAUGGGUCCUAUCAGGCUGCUGACACUGGUUAUGGAUCACUUUCAUCAUACACGUCUAAGUCUUAUGGAGGGUUGUCUUCUAGUUCAGAGAUGGUUAUUCCUGGAAGCGCAAUUGGUAAAGUGAUGGGAAAAUCUGGUGCAAACAUCGGAAAUAUUCGCAAGAUCUCUGGGGCAGUGAUCGAGAUUGUUGAGUCCAAAACUUCUCGUUCAGAUCGAAUAGCACAAAUAUCUGGUACUCCAGAGCAGAAACGCACAGCAGAGAACUUGCUCCAGGCAUUUAUAAUGUCCACGUAACUGUUUUUUGGGCGUUGUUGGGGUUAUUCCUUGUUUUAUUGUUCACCAUGUCUGUCUCAAGGGUUUUCUCCAUUUGAGCUCCAAUAGCUUUUUUGUUUUUUCAUUUCAUACUAGUUAGGUAUGUCCUCUAGAGGUGUCUGAUCGCAAAGUAUCCCUUUUAUUUCUGCCUCCCUUGUCUAUCAUGAUGGAAUGUCAUAGCUGGCAGUUUCUAGGGUUUUUUCCAUGGUUUUUCCUUCUAUUUGUCUCCAGCUAAUAUCUCAUACGUCUACAUUCAUUCCUCCUGCAUGAUGAUUUUGUUUCUGUUACUCCAAAUCAGUAAAUGGGUCCUGCUGCUCUGAUAUUUCUCCAUGUUCUUAAUUGAUGCUCAUGUGGAACUUUACUCUUA